GGUAUAAGUGGCAAACAGGGAACGGUCACACUUUGCAUUAGCUGGCGAACUUAUCGAUAAAUACGUAUGUAAUGUAAACGUAUUAUUUACGAGAUAAAAAGCCAUGGAUUCCAAACUAGAUAUGUUUGAGGACGUGAACACGUCGCCGUCUUUAGAGGGCGACAUGUCCAUUCCGGGCAAAAGGACCACAACUGCAACGAAUGCAAGUGGAGUGCCGGAUUACAACACCUUGGACGAACCCAUCCGGGAGACUGUUUUGCGGGACAUCCGUGCCGUGGGCAUCAAGUUCUACCAUGUGCUGUAUCCCAAGGAGAAGUCCAGUCUGCUGCGGGAUUGGGACCUUUGGGGUCCGCUGGUGCUGUGCACCUUCAUGGCCACCAUUCUGCAGGGCUCCUCCGACAGCAUGUCCGACAAUGGGCCCGAGUUCGCCCAGGUCUUCGUCAUCGUCUGGAUAGGAGCGGCCAUAGUCACACUCAAUUCCAAGCUGCUCGGCGGCAAUAUCUCAUUCUUCCAAUCCGUCUGCGUGCUUGGCUAUUGCCUCACACCAGUGGCCAUUUCCCUGAUUGUGUGCCGGGUAAUCCUGCUGUCCACUCAGACGAGUCUGCUCUUCUUUCUGCGCUUCGUGACCACCACCAUGGGCUUUGCCUGGGCCACCUACGCCUCCUUUGUUUUUCUGGGCCAGAGUCAGCCGCCACAUCGCAAACCCUUGGCCGUCUACCCCAUCUUUCUGUUCUUCUUCAUCAUCUCGUGGCUGGUCUUGUCCCACAAUUAAAACCACUAAGUGUGAUUAGUUUGUAAAGAGAAAGAAAACAGUGCACGUUCCAUAGCGUAACCAAAAAAAAUUUAAGCGAAA